AUGUUGAAGUUGUUGGACAUUUUACAACAAGAAAAAACUGAAGAUUGGGCAAAUGCUAAAGGUGUAACUAGCCGUGAGGAAAGUGAAGAGAGUGAACUUGUGUCGCUUUCUCUUGGGAUAUCAUUGAAAGGAAAGACUAAGGGUGAGAGGAAGCAUUGCAAGAGAGAAGAUGAGGGUAUGGAUAAAGGACUCAGACUUGGGUUAGAUAUCAAUUUGGAUCCUGUAGAUCAUGCUGAAGCUGCAAAUAUUUCCAGCACUGCAAGUAGUUUCGGUGAGGGAGGGAAGGAAGAGGAACCAAGUGAGAUGUGGCCACCCAGUAAAGUUUUGAAGGCAAUGAAAUAUGUGGAUAAAAGUGAAGCUUCUCAAAAUGAUCAGCCCAAGAAAACUAGGGUUUCCAUCAGAGCCAGAUGUGAUACUCAAACGAUGAAUGAUGGGUGUCAAUGGAGAAAAUAUGGACAGAAAAUGGCAAAAGGAAAUCCAUGUCCCCGAGCUUACUAUCGAUGCACUGUUUCUCCAUUGUGUCCUGUAAGAAAACAGGUGCAAAGAUGUGCUCAAGACAUGUCCAUAUUGAUCACAACCUAUGAAGGAAUCCACAAUCAUCCACUUCCUAUAUCAGCGACUGCAAUGGCUUGCACAACUUCUGCUGCAGCUUCCAUGCUUCAAUCUCCCUCAUUGAGUUCACAGAAUGGACAUGGACUAGUCAAUUCAGCUAUAUCCUCCAUUACCAAUUUCAGUGCUCCUAAUUACAACCUUGAUAAUGCUCUAAACUUCUCCACAUACCAUGUUUCAAGACCACAUCAAUUCUACUUUCCAAACUCAUCUAUUUCAAGCUUGAAUUCUCACCCCACAAUCACUUUGGACCUUACAGCACCCCCAACAUCCUCAAACCUUAAUUUUUCCUCAGGUUUCUCUCCUCUGCAAUCUAGCAUGUCUCCAUCACCUUGGAGCAGUUACAGUAGUUACUUCAACUCAGGACCACUGACUCAUAAAAGAAACCAUGGUGAUUACUUGCUAAACACUGGACAUCAAAAUCAGCCAUAUCUUGAGCAUCUCCAUCACCCUAUUUGCACGAGCAACAAUAACUUUUCUCAACGCUCUUUGCCGGAUUCCAUUAUUGCUGCAACCAAGGCAAUCACAAGCAAUCCAAAAUUUCAAUCAGUGUUGGCAACUGCUCUCACAACAUAUGUUGGCAAUGAAGCUGGUGGUGGUAGGUUAAGAGAAAACCAUGUUCUUGAGAAUGCAGAACUGAACUUAAAGCUAUGUAGUGAAAACACCAUAGGAUGUGCAUCAUCAAGGUACUUGAACGUGUCUUCUUCUGCUCUUAACCCUCAACAAGGAAACUCAAGUAUAUUUCCACUACCAUCAUUACCUGAGCAAUGGAAGUAA